UUUUUAUUUAAUUAUUUACACAGAGUGGGAGGGAUAAUGUCUUUGUAUUUUUUAGUACGUACUGUCGUCCGAACGAAUACAAAAGGGCCUGUAUUGUGAUCGGCGCACUUGAAGGUUGUCUAUCAUGGAUAAUCACCAGGUAGAUGAUUCAACCGUGGUUCCAUAUUAUGAUAUUCACAUUAACAACGUACAAGAAUCAAAACCUCUUCCACCGUGGAUUCGCAAGAUAAUUUUUAAAUCCCUUGGAAUUAAAACUCACGCUAAUGAUAGACCUUGGUUUGCGACGAUUUUGUACGUGCUGACGUUAGCAAGUGCAAUGGGUUACUCCAUCACAAAUACGUGGUAUACUUUUGCCGAUGUCAAAAGUCGAAAUACAAAGUUUGAUGUUUUAAAUGCUACGGUCAUUUUAUCUUUGACUUACGCUUUUUGUGGUAUUGCUCUGUACGCCAACCAACUUGCUUAUAAAUUGUUUACAAGUAAAGUACUUGUUGAUAGUGUUCGCCUUCAUUCUAAAACUAUGUUUAAGAUAAAUAUAGGAAUCCUUAUUCUUGUUUGUGGACUGGUUUUUAUUGGCCUGUAUGAUUAUCAGAUGUACAAUAACUUUAAACCUUCCUACUGCUUGAAUGUGUCUGUACCAGUUCCUAUAUGUCACGUAAUGUAUCCGAGUCAUGUGAUGUUAUCAGCGUUUUGCCUGUUGUGGAACUUGCUGGUUGGCAUUGUCUGUAUCUCAGUCUGUAGAACUCAUACACACAGCAUUCGGAGAUUCUUAUUGGAACUUGAUAUGGAUGUGAUUGCGUAUGAACUAAACCAGAUGCAGAAACAGAAGAGUGCCAUAGAUGAAACAGACCAAGGCAACUUUGUAGGUACUGCUGUGGAUCAUAAACUUACCAUUCAAAGUGCUAACUAUCGGAAACGAAAACACAGAAAUUUAACAAUACAGUCAACGCAGGAUCUUGAGUUUGAAUGGGAUCAGAACGAGACAGCUAGGAGGCGCAGGUCAGUGGCUGUGUUGGCCCGUAGCUUCGAAUCUUAUGGUCUUCUUCACAAGGUUGGCGACGCAUCACAUCCACCAUACAAAUGUCUGCAGGAUUUGUGCAAUGCACAUCAAGUGCAGUAUCCAGGCAACAAACCAGCUCAAGGAUCAGAUGGAGAUGGUGAGGAUGAAGUUGACAUGGAUAUAGCUGAGAUCCACAUAGAGAUGCUUAGCAACCAGGAAAUCCUCAACAAAUACUGGAAAUUACAGUGUCGUCUUCGCACAACGUCAAUCUACCUGCAACGCUGGCUAGCUUCUUGGAUCAUUUUAUUGAUAACCUGGAGUGUUUUCUACCUGAUCUACUGGAUAGAUCAUGAUGCUACCAUCUCUGACAUGGUUAUCUUCUUUAUUCCAUUAAUCUGUCUUCCAAUGUUGUGUUCAGCUCCAACUGAGGUCAAUGGAGAAGGUCAAAGAGUGGCUAAGAGUAUUGUGCCCACUGAAGAAAGGAUGCAACUUAUUGGCUUCAUCAUGAGGGCGCCGUUGUCUAUCACAAUAUUUGGGAUGUCUCUAAACUAUGCAACAGUCGUUGGUGCUAUAGUGGCCAUCGCCUUGGCGUUUGCAACCAAGAUUCUUGUUGCUGAAGUAUAAGAAAAAUGUGGACAUAGUGUCAGAAAAUAGAGGCUACAAGAACCUUCAAAAGAAUUUAUCAAGAAGAAGAUAAAUGUAAAAUUAUCAGAUUUUAUGAGAACAUAGUUGAUUCAAUGCAGGGGUGGCGCCAGGGUUUACCCGACAGGGAAUCCGAGGUUCCCGUCGGGGGGGAGGAUGCCAGAUGAGGGGGCAGAUUUUCCCGACAAGAGUAAAGUGGGCAUGGUCAAACUUCGCUUAAAAUGUUUAAGUGGUCCAGGGGGCAAAGCCCCCAAAAUUUUUGACAAUUUAGGGGUUUCAAAGGCUUAUUUAAUCGAUUUUAGAGUCUACAAUAUGUAGAAAAUACAUAUAAUUUUUUUUUCUUCCCGAUGAAUUGUGGUUUUUCUCCCCGACGGGAGGGCCCAGCUCUCCCCGACGGGGUGCCCUGGCUUCCGCCGCCCCCCACUGCGCCACCACUGAUUCAAGGCAUCAACAACAAACGUGAAGUUAUUCUAGUAUAUGCACACUACAUAGUUCAUUUUAUUAUGUCUUCAUUAAACAUCCUUCUGCUGACAGUGUAAACAUGAAUUAUUAAAAUACAAGUGGUUCUUUUCUGAUAUAAAUAUAUACACCAUGAAUCUUUCGCAAUAAUACUAGAGUGCUAACUUGGCAAGAUGCCAAUAAUUAUUUUGUUUAUUGUUGGCUCAAAUGGUCGCAUGCUUGUACAGAAGACUUCUAAGAUAGGCUGAAUUAGUGUCACAGAGAUGUGUAUUCAAAAAUCAAUUCGCACAUUUAGAUUUUAUAAUUAUUGUAAUAUUACUAUUAUUUUUAUUAUUAUUGAUAUUGUUGUGGUUGUUGCUGUUAUUGUUGUUAUUGUUUUUAUUAUUGUUAUUGGUUUUGUUGUUAUAAGAGUUGCAAUUUGUUAAGACGAGCACAAUAUUCUGAAGUACUAAUAGUGAUUUUAUCUAUAUUGUACAUUUGAAUAAUUCAUAUAAGAAUUUUGAGAAAUUUUAUAUAU